AGGGACGCGACGCGGCGGGGAGGAGCGAGGGACGGCCGGGACGGGGGUUCCCGCAGAGCUCUGGCCGCCCGCUGAACCUGCGCCUCCCCGCGCGGCGCGGGCGGCGUGUGCGGGCUCCCAGCGGCGGCACGCCGGCGCGGCGCGGCCGCCUCCUUGGGCCGGGGUUAGCGCGGGAGCUGCCGCCGUAAGUGUGGCACGUCGGUAUGUCCGCCUUCAGCCAGCGCUCGCCGCCGGGCGACAGCGCCGCGGCCGUGCGACUCAGGUGAUAUGCCUCCUGGAGUUUGGAAGGAACUUGGAGCUCCUCAGAAAAAGUACUAAAACUCCCAUUAGUUCCAAGUACUAUAUCAGCAUUGAAGUUCCAUUGUCUUUGUCAAGAUAUGGAAGUGCAGCUCAAGACACAGUAGUGCCCACAAAUCAAUAGAUGAAGAGAUGUUUUUGACGGGUGGCUUGCGAUCUCUCCUUCCCCAUGUGCUAAGAAAAAUGAUUCGAUGCAACAGACUCAGUAUUAGUAAUACUUCUGGAGUGGCAGAAAGCUAUAAACAGGCCAACGUUGUGAUUUUGCACAAGUCCCUUGCUGACGAAUUUGAGAAGUUUUGCCAUGCAAACAACGGACCCCUGCCGCUGCUGUACAGAAGUAAACCAGGUGACUGGAAAUGUCCUCUGAGUAGUGAUUCUGAUAUCAGAACUGACUGCCUACAGUACAGAAGAUAUGAGCAUGGAGCUUAUACUGGAUCACUGAAAAGCCUAAAGGAGUAUUCUGAACAACUUAAGGACAUGGUGACUUUUUAUUUAGGCUGCAGCUUCUCUUUUGAAAAAGCAGUCCAAAAUGCUGGCGUUCCUGUACGAAAUGUUGAGCAAAAAUGUAAUGUAAGCAUGUAUAAGACAGCUGUGCCUUGCUACAGCAUUUAUACUUUUUGCUGCAACUUAGUAGUCACAAUGAGACCUAUACCUGAAAGGAAGUUGGAAGCAGCUGUGCUAGCAACAUCUGAAUUAAAAGAAGCCCACGGAGCACCAAUUCACAUCGGUGACCCUGGUAUGCUGGGAAUAAACGAUCUUUCCAAACCAGACUAUGGGGACCCAGUUCACCUUCACCCUGGUGAUAUUCCAGUGUUUUGGGCCUGUGGAGUAACAGCAAUAGAAGCAGUAGUCAACUGCAGAGCUCCAUUAGCUUUUACUCAUUCUCCUGGCUGCAUGUUCGUUACUGACCUAAAGAAUGAUGAUGUCACAGUCAGAUCCUCAGGAGAAGUCCCACAAGUCCACUGCAUUUCUCAAGAUCCUCUGCAUUACAGUAUUGUGUCAGCAGAAGCAGCCCAAAAGAUAAGGACUCUAGAGACCCUAAUUGGAAUAGAUCCCGGAGAGCGGGGCAUAGCCCCCCUGCGCCGGCAGGACGAGCUGCUGAAGGCUGGCCUGUCCCUCUGCCAUGCGCGGGCCGUGCUGCUGACCACCGGGUUCCCGACCCACUGCACCCACCAGCCGCCCGAGGAGAACGACGGGCCGCCGGGCACGCUGGCUGUCGCAGCCAUGCUGCAGGCCUUGGAGAAAGAGGUUACCAUAGUAACAGAUCAGAGAGCCGUGAAUCUCAAUAAAAAGAUUAUUGACGAGGCUGUUCAACUAGGAAUCCUGAAGAGACCUGUCCCUGUAUUGAGUUAUCAAAGGGAAGGUGCCGAUUCAGCUUUGAUGUUUUUGUGUGAAGGUGGGAAUCCUGGAAGACCUAGAUUUGAUCACCUGAUAGCAAUAGAGCGUGCUGGGAUGGCUGCUGAUGGCAAUUAUUACAAUGCCAGGAAAGUGAAUAUUAAACACCUUGUGGAUCCCAUAGAUGACCUGUUUUUAGCUGCACAAACCAUUCCAGGAGUCACAACAACAGGUGUUGGAGAUGGAGGAAAUGAAUUGGGAAUGGGGAAAGUAAAAGGUGCUGUAAAGAAGUACAUAAAAAAUGGAGAUGUUAUAGCCUGUGAUGUUGAAGCUGAUUUUACUAUUGUAGCUGGGGUCUCUAACUGGGGAGGCUAUGCCAUCGCCUGUGCUCUAUAUAUUCUCAGCACUUGUGAAAUACAUGACCGCUAUCUGAGGAAAGCCAUUGGAUUUCCGCAGUUAUCACAGAAGACGGUCUGGCUAUCAGCACUUCCUUCUGUUACCAAGGAAGAAAAGCUUCUGAAAGCACUUGUGCAGCAUGGGGUCCGCAGUGGAAAAACUGCCAGUCUAGAAAUGGAAGUGGAUGGGCUGCCCUUCUACAACACCCAUUCGCUUAUGAUUGAAAAGCUGCUUCAAGAAGCGCAGCAGUGACUGCCCCUGAUGAUUUCUGUAUCGAGAGUUGCCCCCAUGUUAGUUCCUUGUUCCCUAGCCUCUCACAAGGUAUAAAAAAAAUCAGAAAAAGAUGACUUUUCAUCUCUGGUGUCUGGGCUGCCCACAACCUUUCAGUGUUACAUCUCUGUGAAGCAAGAAGGGGAUAUGAUGUCAUUGUGAUGAUUUUUUGGGCUACCUUUCUUUUCUGUAAUUAUAUAAUGGAGAAUGGAUAUUAAAUGGUAUUAUAUACUAA